GCUUGCUUGGAAAGAGGGGGCGUAAAUUCAUGUGGUGUGGGUGACAGAUAAGUUCUGCAGUGCUCUGAUAGAACUCUCUGCUGCUCAUAAGGCAUCAGGGCUCCCCCCCCCCCGCAAGCAUGUGGGAGGGGAUUAGAGGCGUUCCUUUCAUUACUGGCAGGCAAGCAGGAUUUUGCAGCCGCAUGAGAAAACAGGAGACCAAGGUCUGUAAGGAGUGCCAAGGGCAAAGCUAGGUCCCUUUCGGAACCACAGGGAAAUGGGGUUCCUUUAUGCCUUUGUGGCGUUAGUGGCAGCUGCAUUCCUUGCUGCAGUGAUAUUGAUUGUUCUGGGAAGCAUUUAUUUUGAUUACUCCAACUCGGAGAUCCCGCCUGGGGUGGAACACCCAGUGAAGCUCCGGAUUCUUCAUGCCAUUCUUAUUGGCACUUCCGUCCUGGGAAGGAUUUUGGAAAACCUGCAUGUCUGCAAACAAGUCCAGUUUGUGCGGUUUGUGCGGAACGGAUGGAAGCCAGAGAAAGACCCCAGGCUCUUCAUUAAGGACGAGAAGUUCAAGCAUGUGCCUGUCCGGAUUUACCAGCCAAAGGCUCCCUCUGCUGGCCAAAGGAAGGGGAUCGUAUUCUUUCAUGGCGGGGGUUGGGUGCAUGGAAGCAUCCGAACCCAUGAGAAUAUCUGCUGCUACUUCGCCAGAGAAAGUGAAGCAGUGGUUGUGUCUGUGGAGUACCGCCUGGCCCCUGAGCACAAGUACCCAGCCCAGCUCAAUGACUGCCUUGCUGCCACCGCCCACUUCCUGGAGUCCGCAGAAGACUAUGGUGUGGACAGCUCCCAGGUCAUCGUUGCUGGUGACAGUGCCGGUGGCAACCUCGCUGCCUCCGUUUGCCAAAGCUUAGUGAGCAGAGCAGACCUUGCAAGAGUGCGUGCUCAGAUCCUCAUCUAUCCAGCCCUUCAGGCCAUAGACUUCAACUUGCCUUCAUACCAGCAGAACCGGGCCGUGCCCAUUUUAUUCCGGGAACGGGCUGCAUUUUACUUUUUGCAAUAUCUGAACGGCGAGGCUUCACUCCUCGAAGACAUUUUGCAAGGCUCUCACGUCCCGGUGAACCUAAAGUUGCAGUACAGGAAAUGGUUGAGUGCUGACAACAUCCCAAAUGAAUUUAAAACCAGGGGCUACCAGCCCACGGUGCCUGUUUCCUGCGACGAUGAAGUACACGAGGUGUUGAAGACCCUGAACUCUCCAGAAUGUUCACCGCUCCUCAUAGAAGAUGCCAUUGUCUGCCUGCUCCCUGAGACUUGCAUAGUGACCUGUGAAUAUGAUGUUUUGAGGGACGAUGGAUUGCUCUGUAAGAAAAGGUUGGAGGAUAACGGAGUAGCAGUGACUUGGUACCACCUUUCUAAUGGGUUCCAUGGGAUCCUAAGCUUGUUCAAUAGUUUCCCUUCUGGGAAAAAAGGGAUGGAUAAAAUUGUCAAUUUUAUUAAAAGCUUAUGAGUGAGACAGCGCAGUGGCAGUUGGUGGCGCCAUGUCAGUGGGGCAGUGGAAUCCGCUCCGGGUUUCAGCCCAGACUUUCAAGGAGCUGUCCAAGGUGAUUCAGCUCCAGGUAAGUAAAACCCAGAGUGGAUUCCACUGCCCCACUGACAUGGAGUCACCACUAGAAAAGAGAAACCUUAACCAUGGCGAUAUUUAGGAACGGAAGCAGCCUCAAUAAAUAUUUGUAUGUUGCCAAUGUAGGGACGGGGCAUUUGCUGAUCUGUUUUCAUGUCUUUUGACUUUUUGUGGCAACAUUAUUUCUAUGGAGGGCUUUGAUGUGUGGAAGACAAAAGGGCAUCCUUGACUCCCCAUGCCUAAAAAACCACAAAAGUGUGGGGGGGGGGUUUCAAAGAAGCAAGCAGGUGGAGCCCCAGAUCUCUGGCAGAGCUCCCCUUAAACAAAAUUAGAGUGGCAUAGUGAUUAGAAGACUAUGACCUGGGAGAUUGGGGUUCAAUUCCCCACUCAGCCAUCCACUCAAUCAUGAAGAUAUUGGAUGACCUUGGGCCAGUCUCAGCCUAACCUACCUCACAGGGCUGUUGUGACGAUAAGAUUGGGUGGGAGGAGAUCUGUGUAUGCCACCUAGAGUACCUUAGAGGAAAGGCGGUGAAUGAA